ACACACAGGUCUUUUAUCUAUAAUGAAAAGGACCAAGAGUGUUGGACAGCAGCGGUAAACUCCAAAACAGACAGUGUCUUUCGCAGAAGCACCAUAGCUUUAUAUGAAAGAAAUGCAUAUCUUCUGGAGUGUUUAAAUGGAAUAGGAAGAGAUUACAGGGGAACAAAGUCCAGAACAAACUCAGGAAAGAUCUGUCAAAGAUGGGACUCAAGCUACCCACACAGGCCAAAUUUCAAGCCGCAGAGCCACCCACAAGCAGAGCUUUACUCCAACUUCUGCAGAAACCCUGAUGGGGACAGCAAUGGACCGUGGUGUUACACUACUGAUCCUAACACCCGCUGGGAGUACUGCAACGUACCCAGCUGCUUUGCAUAUCUUCUGGAGUGUGUAAAUGGAAUAGGAAGAGAUUACAGAGGAACAAAGUCCAGAACAAACUCAGGAAAGAUCUGUCAAAGAUGGGACUCAAGCUACCCACACAGGCCAAAUUUCAUGCCGCAGAGCCACCCACAAGCAGAUCUAGAGUCCAACUUCUGCAGAAACCCUGAUGGGGACAGAAAUGGACCGUGGUGUUACACUACUGAUGCUAACACCCGCUGGGAGCACUGCAACGUACCCAGCUGCUUUGACUAUCUUCUUGAGUGUGUAAAUGGAAUAGGAAGAGAUUAUAGAGGAACAAAGUCCAGAACAAACUCAGGAAAGAUCUGUCAAAGAUGGGACUCAAGCUACCCACACAGGCCAAAUUUCACGCCGCAGAGCCACCCACAAGCAGAGCUUUACUCCAACUUCUGCAGAAACCCUGAUGGGGACAGCAAUGGACCGUGGUGUUACACUAUGGAUCCUAAUGCCCGCUGGGAGCACUGCAACGUACCUAGUUGCUCUGGGUGACAGAGGUGGUCCUCCGGUUUGUUAUGAGCAGAACAGAUUUGUCCUUCAGGGUGUCGCAACAUGGACUGAGUGAUGUACGUUGGGCAGGACGGCCAGUGUUUACACUCAAGUUUCUAAGUUUGUGGACUGGAUCAAUGCAACCAUCAAAGCCAACUAAAAGCUAUCAUCCGUAAUGCGGUUGUUGAGGAUGUCUUAACAUGUAUACGUUGUUCUGCUCUGACAUGAACGUUUUUAUAAAGUAUUUUUUAUUAAGUAUGGAUACACAUUAAGUAGUGCAUGAAAAUCACAAAUUCUGCCAGAGAAGAAAAAUACAAGUUAAACAAAAUCAGAAAAUCACACUUUAUACAAGAUGUUCUGAUUUAAAAAAUAUUCUAUUUAUUAUGUUAUAUUAUAAUAUUUGGUGAUUGACAAAAACUGAGUUUUGAAGAGAAAUGUAGGAAAAGUGUUCCUAAGAAAAUGAAUAAGAACGAGCACGUUGAAAUGGAUGUUCAUGUGGGAUUGAACUAAUGACAAAUGUAUGUGAACUAAAAUAGCAAAAACUUAAUGUUAACUUAAAGUGUAUUCAUAUGUGGCUGAAUGUUUAUCUGUGUUGGAAUUAGUGACAAAUUAAGUACAAGAUAGAAGAGAAGAAAAUGUAAUGUAAGUCAAUUUAAAGUGUAAACUUUGUUUUACAUUAUGAAAAAGCCAGAGAAAGGAAUGAUGAUAUGAUGUUACUGGACAUCAGGUGAUGGUAUGUCAACAAUGGAGACUGCUUUCUUUGCAAAAGAAAACAGCAUGUGCAUCAAAAUAAACUAUUUAAAGCAGUGAAUUUUGAGUUCUAAGCAUCCCAGCAACUAUUCAGAAGAGCAUUUCUAUUUUCAAUAAAAUUGAAAUGGUUACAGAUUUUU